GUUUCACAGCCCCUUUCCCGGGACCGACCGCACCUCACGGCACCGCUCACCUCCGCCCACCCCCGGCCGCUGCCCCCCUCCCCAGCCCUGCGGAAGAGACUAUAUUUGGGCCGGGACGGGAGCGAGGACCCGCCCUGCCCCAGCCAGUUUCGCCCAGGUACGGGGGGAGGGCACAGCGGGAGGAGGAGCCGCCGCCACCCCCUGCGCGUCGCAGGUGUAACCGGAGCCGGGAGGGCGCGGCGCAGCCACCACCACCUGCGGAACCUGUUGGGCAGCUCACACGGGCUCUGCCGCGCACACAACUCUCCGUCUCCUCUGCCCGCGCCUCUGAGGAUUUUUCCCCGGUAUCUCCGCGCCUCGCCGCCGGCCCGAGCCAUGAAGCCGCUCUGCGGGGCUGCGCUCCUGUUGCUGCUUUGCGCCGCCGUCUGCGCUCAGGACAGCCAGUGCAUCUGCGAGAAGAACAAGCGUGUCACCAACUGCCGGCUGGAAGGCGGUGUCUGCAGGUGCGACUCGAUCGGCUCCCCCGGCGUGUCCGUGAACUGCCAGACUUUGACUUCAAAAUGCCUGUUGAUGAAAGCAGAAAUGAUGGGCUCAAAAUCAGGCCGUCGUGAGAAACCAAAAGAUGCGUUUGAAGAUACUGAUGGCCUUUAUGAUCCUGAGUGCGAAAAUACUGGUGUCUUCAAGGCGAAGCAGUGCAAUGGAACCACCUGCUGGUGUGUGAAUACCGCUGGUGUUAGGAGAACUGACAAACAAGAUGCAGACUUGAAGUGCAGUCAAUUAGUCAGAACAAUGUGGAUCAUAAUUGAAAUGAAACAUGCUGAGAGCAACACCCCUCUGAAUGCUGAAUCUUUAAAGAGAUUCUUCAAGGAAACAAUUUCUAAGCGUUACAUGCUGGAUGGACGCUAUAUAGGUGAUGUUCUGUAUGAGAAACCUUACAUUACAAUUGAUUUGAAGCAAAAUUCCUCAGAGAAAUCUUCUGGAGAUGUGGAUAUAGCUGAUGUGGCCUACUACUUUGAAAAGGAUGUAAAAGGUGACUCUGUCUUUCAUAAUAACCAACUCAAUGUCAGUAUUGAUAAUGAAAUGCUGACGUUUGAGAAGACAGCGGUUUACUAUGUUGAUGAAAUACCACCGGAGUUUUCCAUGAAGUCUCUGACUCCUGGCCUCAUUGCUGUCAUUGUAGUAGUAAUAAUAGCAAUAGUUGCUGCAAUUGUUGUUCUGGUCCUUACAAGGCGGAGGAAAGGGAAGUACGUGAAAGCAGAGGUGAAGGAAAUGAAUGAAAUGCAUAGAGGACUGAAUGCAUAAUUAAAUCCAAUCAAGACACAGCAAGAUUCAAACAAGAGACAACAGAAACAUUUGAGGCAUGGAUCUUAACUCUUAUUUCUCCUGAAUGGAAGGCAGUUGUGCUCACACUAAUGAUUGUUAAAACUCUUAACAGCCAAGACUGGUAACCAUGCUAUUACUUUUACUAUUUGUUGAGAGUUGAAUCUUAAAUGCCCCAUCGUACUGAAGUAGAACUUAACUAUUGCUCCUUGAGAUUUUAUUUUUUUUUAUGAUGAUGAUGAAAUGAGUUACCAACUGCUGUUACUAGAGUUCUGGAGCAUACAUACUUAAAUAGUUAUUUUACCCUCGUGGGAGUUUUAUUGAAAAUAGUGAUUUUUGUAGACGUGUAACAAGGCUGUCUCCCAUAUAACUGAAUAUGAUGUUUUUAUUGCUGACUGUACAUAUUUUAAGUUACUGUAACUUUUUUUAUGACUUGAAUUAAUAAAACUUUGAAACAGG